AUGAGAAGGGGAGCGAUGGCGAGGCUGGCGGUGGCCGCGAGGGCGUUCUCCGCCUCGGCUUCCGGCGCGGGCGCCGGCGGCGUGUCCAUGGUGCAGGGGGCGUCCCGGGGCAUCGGUCUCGAGUUCGUGCGGCAGCUGCUGCGGAGAAGCGGCGAAGGCCGCGUCGUCGCCACGUGCCUCGCGCCGGGUUCCGCGGCCGAGCUCGAGAAGCUCAAGGAGGAGCACGCGCCCGGGCGCCUCACCGUGCUGCUGCUCGACGUCACCGACAAGAGCACCCUAGAGGCAGCUGCGGCCUCAAUCACGGAGACCCACGGUUCUCUUGACCUUCUGAUCAACUCUGCAGGCAUCCUUUCGAUCCCGAAUACUACACUAAGCAAGGUUCAGAAGUCAACGCUUAUGCUGGCAUAUGAGCACAUGUGGCCAUUACUGAAGAUUGGAGGUCGCUCCGAGACCGGGAGAGGAUUUGCAUUGGUUGCAAAUAUGAGCGCUAGAGUCAGUUCGAUAGGAGACAAUGCUCUGGGAGGCUGGCACGCAUACAGAGCUUCUAAAACAGCACUGAAUCAGUUGACCAAGACAGUGUCAGUGGAGUUUGGCAGGAAGGACAACAUUGCCUGCAUCCUGGAACCGUGGACACUGACCUCUCACGGCCAUUUCAGAGAAAUGUCCCCAAGGGUAAGCUCUUCACGAGAGAGUUCUCUGUACAGAAGCUUCUCUCCAUCAUUGACAAUGUCAAGAAAAGCAACAAUGGCAAGUUCUUUGCAUGGGAUGGCCAAGAAAUCACUUGGUGAAUGGUGA